AUAAACAAUAACAAGAACAACGAGGAAGUGUCGCUGAAGAAAAAUGAGCGUUUUAACCCUGAUCGUGUUGGUUUGCUGCUUCUGUUCGGGUCAAACCUUAGAACAGGAUCAGAUCAUCCAAGCAUUUGUCAUUCCUCACAGCCACAUGGAUGUAGGCUGGGUUUACACCAUCCAGGAGAGCAUGCACGCCUAUGCAGCCAAUGUGUACAGCAGUGUGACAGAGGAGCUGUCUAAAGGGAAGGGGCGCAGGUUCAUUUCUGUGGAGCAGGAGUUCUUCAGACUAUGGUGGGACUCUGUGGCUUCAGACACGCAGAGGAAACAAGUCCGACAGCUAGUGAAAGAAGGUCGGCUGGAGUUCAUCAUCGGAGGCCAAGUGAUGCACGAUGAGGCCGUAACAGACCUGGAGGAUGAGAUCCUGCAGCUGACGGAGGGCCACGGCUUUUUGUACCAAACGUUUGGCGUGCGGCCGCAGUUCUCCUGGCACGUGGAUCCGUUCGGAGCCUCUGCUGCUACGCCGGUGCUGUUCUCCCUGGCCGGGUUCAACGCUCACCUCAUCUCGCGCAUCGACUACGACCUCAAAGACAGCAUGCAGAAAAAGAAGGAAAUGCAGUUUGUGUGGAGAGGUUCUCCAUCUUUGAAAGCCCAGCAGGAGAUCUUCACUCACACCAUGGACCAGUACAGCUACUGCACUCCAUCUCACCUGCCGUUCUCCAACAGAUCUGGUUUCUACUGGAACGGUGUAGCUUUGUUCCCAGACCCCCCUAAGGACGGAGUCUACCCCAACAUGAGCCUCCCCGUCACCAAGGAGACGAUGCGUUCGUACGCUGAGACCAUGGUGGAGAACAUCAAGCAGAGGGCUGCUUGGUUCAGGACCAACCAUUUGCUCUGGCCAUGGGGCUGCGACAAACAGUUUUACAACUCAUCAGUUCAAUUCAGAAAUAUGGACCCUCUGAUGACGUACAUCAACCAGAACAGCAAGGAGUUCGGAGUAACGGUCCAAUAUGCAACACUGAGCGAGUACUUCCUGUCAGUCCACCAAUCAAAUCUUACCUGGGCCGUCCGUGGAAGUGAGGACUUUCUGCCAUAUUCAACAGAGCCCUACCAGGCAUGGACGGGGUUUUAUGCUUCUAGAAAUGUCCUUAAGGGAGUGGCACGGCGGGCCAGUUCCCAGCUGCACGCAGCAGAGACACUCUUCACCCAGUACCGGAUCAGCUACCCGGAUGGACCAGUAGCUAAACCCUGGGCUCUGGUUAAACUCAGGGCUCUACGCUGGGCAGUCUCAGAGGUCCAGCACCAUGAUGGCAUCACCGGUACUGAGUCUCCUAAAGUGGCAGAAAUGUACAUGGAGCACCUCCUGCAGGCCAUGAUGGGAGCUGAGGAGCUCUUAGCCGCGCUUUUCCUGCUGCCGCAUAACCAGGCCGUUCCUAGAAGGAACCCCCAUGGAGAAGGUGCGGAUCAGGCUCAGGAGCAGCACCUGAUUAUUUACAACCCUUUGGCGUGGAACGUCACAGCUAUUGUUAACAUCACCGUAAUGUUCCCCAGUGCAGCCGUCCAUGACGAUGAUGGCCAGCCUGUCCCUGCGCAGAUCCAGCGGUCGGCGCAGUCCAACUCCACCUACGACCUUUUCUUUGUGGUUCAGCUCGCCGGCCUUCAGCACAGGAAGUACUCCGUUCGGUUCUCUGAGGCGCCGUGUUCUGGGAGGUCCGAGUGUGAGCGCACCUACGAAGCCCAGGGAGUUGUGUUCGAGCGGCGGCGUGUGAGGGACUGGCAGAAAACAGGGAGGCGGCUUCUGCCUAUACUGAAUGACUGCUACAAACUCAUGUUUGACCAGGACACCAACCUGCUGCACAGCGCCACCUACCUACAGGAGAGAAGGCAAGUCAUGGUGACGCAGGAUUUCUGGGAAUAUAACGCCAACGGAGACGUGGAAGCGGGACCCAUCUCCGAUAACUACAUCUUCAGCGCUAACGGCUCAGCCUCUCGCGCCUACGAAGCGGUGGAAAUGGAGAUCGUCCCAGGGAGGGUGCUCACUGAGAUCAGGCAGCGCUUCUACAGAGAGGAAGGCGAUAAGGACUACGCCUACUCCAUCACCACCCGUGUCCCAGAAUACUCUGGGGCCGGAGCUCCCUGCCACAGACUGGAGCAGACCUACUCUCUGGGCCCCCUGCGCCUCAACACAGAGGUGGUCCUCAGAACCAGCUCCUCCCUCAACAACAACAAGACUCUGUACUCUGAUGACAACGGCUACCAAAUGAUGAAGAGAACCUACAAGAAAUUCCCCAAUAACACCUUAGCAAGGAAUUAUUUCCCCAUGGUCCGAGCGGCCUACAUCCAGGAUGACCUCAGCCGCCUGGUGCUGCUCAGCGACAGAGCCCACGGCGUGUCCAGCCAGGCUGAUGGACAGAUUGAGGUGAUGCUCCAUCGCCGUCUUUGGAACAACUUGCAGUGGAACCUUGGCUACAACCUGACGCUAAACGACAGCUCGGUCGUGACGCCCACGCUUUGGAUGAUGCUGGGCUCUGUGAGCACAACUUCCAAGCUGUACCAGAGGGGGGCGGUAGAGCUGCAGCAUCGGCCAGUGGUCAUGUCAAUAGACCAACCUGGGAAGAGAUGGACUGGAAAAGAGCCCAGCUUUAACCCUCCCAUCCCUCCAGUUGUUCUGCCUCCUAACCUCCACCUGCUCAGCCUCAGCAUCCUAGGAUGGAACUACAGCUCCAAUCAUGAUCUGCACAUCAGCCACCUACAUUCAGGUAAGCAAGUGGACUCUGAGCCAGACUACGAUCGGGUUCUGUUGAGAGUAAUGCAUCUGUAUGAGGAGGGCGACGACCCCGAGCUCUCCAAGCCUGUCACCGUAAACUUCAAGGAUGUUUUGAAGGGUUUAGGGGAGGUGAGGGACCUGGAGGAGCGUUCUCUGACAGGAACCUGGAAUAUCACCAGUCUGCAAAGGUGGAAGUGGAAAACUGCUGAUAACUUUGGAAAAAAGAAUGAACAGCAUGGGAGCAGUGUGGGUAAAGAUUUCACCGUCACCAUCUCACCCAAAGAGAUCAGGACCUUCUUCAUUCACUUCAGCUCCAGAAACUGCUGAACAGACCCUCCUAUUAUCUUCUGUGAAGAUCAAAACUUUUUGACAAAUUGUUCCUUAAAAGAUUUAAUAAUUUGCUGCUUGAUGAUUUAAUGCAGUUUUUGCACAAUGUGUUGAUUUCUUUGAUGGAUCAAAGUGAUCAUGUGUUCU